AUGAUCAAGAUCAACUCCGUCCUCAUUGCCGACGAAAUUGAACAGCCCUGCAUCGAUUCAUUGGUCAAAGGAGGUGUGAAUGUGGUGAAGAAGACCAAAUUACCCGUCAAUGAGCUGAUUCGGGAGCUCCAGAAGCACGAUGCAGUUGUUGUCCGAAGUGCGACGAAAGUAAGAUGAUUUUGCCUUGAAGUAGCUCCUUUUUGUACCGAUUUUGCUUUUGCUUAUUUUGAAUAUUUCAAUUCAUAUUCAAUCCCCCAAAGAUCACUCCAUUUCCCCACUAAAUUUACGUUAUUUUAGAUCACCAGAGCUGUUUUCGAAGGAUGCCCGAACCUAAAGUUGGUGGCCCGGGCUGGAACUGGUGUCGACAACAUCGAUGUGGACGCCGGAACCGAGAAUGGAACUAUUGUUAUGAACACUCCUGCCGGAAACUCCCGCAGUGCAGCUGAACUGACCUCAACUUUGAUAUUAUCCAUGUCCAGAAAUGUCCCUCAAGGAGUGGCUUCGAUGAAAGCCGGAAGAUGGGAUCGUAAAUUGUUUAUGGGCACUGAAGUUCACGGGAAAACAUUGGCCAUCAUCGGGUUAGGGAGGAUCGGGCAAAUUGUUGCUGGGCAGAUGCAGGCUUUUGGAAUGACAACAAUCGGCUUCGAUCCCAUGGUUUCUGCCGAGGUAGGUUGUUUUUGAGUCUUUAAACUGUUUUGAGAUUCGAGAUAGAUUUGGAAAAUGUUUGAGCUUGUCUUGUGAUGUUUUAUACCUAAAAUUUAUAUUAUUUUAGACAGCCGCCAAAUCUGGAAUUGAAUGGCUCCCAUUGGAAGAGAUCUGGAAAAGGGCCGAUUACAUUACAGUCCACGUCCCACUCAUCCCUCAGACCAAGAAUUUGAUCAACCUUGAAGUGUUGAGAAAGUGUAGAAAGGGCGUUAAGAUCAUCAACGUCGCCCGAGGAGGCAUUGUGAAUGAAGAAGAGAUCGUGGAAGCGCUGAAUGAAGGCAUUUGCGGCGGCUUUGCUGUGGAUGUAUACACUGAAGAGCCUCCAACAAAUAGAGCACUGAUCGACCAUCCCAAAGUCAGUUGCCUCCCUCAUUUGGGGGCCAGUACAAUCGAGGCGCAAGAAAGAGUGGCAGUGGAGGUUGCGGAGAAUAUUGUGGCUCUAAAUGAAGGCCGAGGACUGUUCGGGGCAUUGAAUGGACACUGUCUUGGGGCUGUUCUGGAUGAAACCAAGGUUCAAGUUGUGAAAGCCAUCACUGAUUUGGCUCAAGUUCUCGCUUCUUUGACUUCUACAAAGGCGAUUAAAGUGAAAUGUCCGUUAUCCGCGAAAGGAGUGGAGCGAGCGAUCCCUUCUGCUGUUAUCAUGGGACUUCUUUGCCAAUCUGGAGGACGAUUGAACUUUGUGAACGCUGAGAAGAAGGGGAAAGAGUUGGGUUAUGAGGUGAGGAGUGUCAUGGAUAAUGUAGCAUAAUUCGAUCGAAAAUUUUUUGUCAAAAAUUUUAUUUUUGGCAUUUAUUUUAUGUUUAUGAUUUCAGGUAUCCACUGAAUUCGUUUCUGGCGCCGAAUUCCACAUCAAUGCCGGAGGCCGAACAGUUUCCGGUUAUUACUCACCAGCUGGAACUUUCAUAUCGGAAAUCGAUGGACGAAAGGUUCCAAGUCCAGUGCUGGCGAUGGGUGUCUUGGCCAUCACUUUGGCCACAAAUGGCAACAGCCCCAUCCUUUCGGAUCAGCUGAGGACCCGAGUUUCAGUGGAAUAUGGACUCUUUGGAGGGGGAAGGUUGGCCUUGUUCGAAAAGCUUACUGGUCUCGAAUUAGAGGAGAUCUCUCGUGCUUAUAAUGUUGUACAAUUCGCUUAG